AUGAUGCCUUUAAAUUCUUCACAUUAAAACAAUAACGAUGAGUCAAUACAUACAUUCAUCAGAGAAAAUCAAAGUUUACUUCAAGUUAUUCCUUCAGGAUAUUCCACUAAAGGCCGGGAAUAGCAUCUUCAAUAGAUAUAAGAAAAUAGCGGUUUAAUCUAGCAAGAUGAUGUGUAAUAUCAAUAAUAGCAUCAUGGAAGAGUAAAACAGAAAACUGGUAUUAGAGUUAAAGGUACAAACAAUCAAUAGCAGGAAAGAAAUCCCUAUAAUGACUCUCUUAUAGCAGGAACAAAUAAUAAUGGAGCAUAGAAAUCUAGAUCUUAGUCACUGGUUUCUAUUAUUAUGAAAGAUAGCUCGAAGAGUUAAUAAUCUUUGAUCUCUUAAAAUUAUGAUUAAAUCUACUAAAAAUAGCCUAUGCAAUAAAAUGUGAUAGGCUUUGAUCCAAGUGAGAACUAAAUGGCUCUUUACUUAAUAAAACUCAACACAGAGCUUAGAGAUGAAUUGAGACUGUUCAAAUAGCAUACUGAUGAGAAAAUAAAUGAUCUUGAAAUGAAGCAUAUAAAUCAGCAAGAAACAAUUUAGUAUCUUCUUAAUCUGUUAUAAAAAAAUGGACUAAAUGUUUUCAAUAAAAUUGACUUGAAAGAUGAUAGUAUUUAGGAUUCAAUGUAGAUUAGAAAUAAGUAACUUAAUAAAAUUUUAAGAAAUCUUAAUCCCAAAAAUAAGUAAUCUGAGUUGGAAGAAACUGAUGAGUAAGAGGAGAAGAAUGAAACUGAAAACUUGUAUUAUUACAGCUAAGAAGAAAUGUAUAAACAUAAUGAAACUUCGAAUUAUGAUUAGGAUAGACUAAGAAAUAUAUCUGAACCUGAUAUUGUUCAAAGAGUGCCAUUUGAUCUAUCAUAAACAAUUCAGAGCUAAAUUAGUUAACUUUAAGGCACCAUAAAAGAGGAUUCAUCAUAGCAAUACUCUCAAACUUAAAACUUAAAGAUUGAUGGUGCAGAUCAUCAUGUUGAUGGAGGAUCUGCAAGUGAUAAUCAAUAUUUUGAUGCUAAAAAUGAAACUGAGAGAGAAGUGAUAUAGAAGUAAAUUGAUUAGAAUCUUAUAAAUACUAGAGAUUAGAACAACAGCAAGUAAAUGCUAAUAAUCGAUCUAUAAAACUAAUCAUACCCUGCUAAUAAGCAGUAAUAACAGCACUUCAAUACCUUUAAUCUAGCAAACUAUGUAUCAGGGAACAGUAAUAAUAUUUCAUAGUAUUUGAAAGAAAAUCAGAGUAAACUAAUGGAAUAAUAGCAUAAUCUCAUCUAAAAUAUUGAAGAAAGGCAUACUUUUUCAUAAGCAGAUUAAAGUAUUUAAUAAGAAUUCUAAGAUUCAGGCAGCAAAGGACAUAUUCAGAAAUCCAUUAAUAGUAAAAAAUCUAUGACUAGUUCAAAAUAAACAGGAAACUUUAUGGAAGAUGGUUCAUUCAUGAAUCAGAUGCAAAUUUAAAAGUAAUCAAUAGAGAUCCAAAAGAAAAAAAAUAAUCAUUCAGCUGAUUUCAUCUCAUAAGAUAGUUUAGGCAGCUCCCCUACCCAAAGAAAUAGAAAUCAGUUAUCUAAUUAGUCCGAUGAUCAAGAGGCAAAUGAAUAAGCCACUGGGGUGCAAGAUCCAAAGCUGAUUUAUUAUGUAAAGGAUAAUAAUGAGUAUUAAGUUGUUGAUGAUGACUCUCAAAUAUUUAGUCCAAACACGAAUGAAGAAGUAGAUAAUUAUUAAUCCAUCAAUAGUCAUCAAGGUGCAUAGUCUAAUUUCUAUGAUUAAGCAACUUUAAAGUAUCAUGAUCACUCCCAUAAUUUUGAUUCUGGCAUUGAUAAGACUACCCUGUAAGGUUAUACUGAAAAUAACAUCGGUAAUUUUUCAACUAAAAAUCUUGCAUCAAUCUAAACUCAUAAUUCAAUUUAAAACAAGCAAAUUUUUCAAUAUAUGCAAUCUAAUUCCAACAUGAACUUAGCUGUAGAUAGUAUUGCUAAUAAAAAGGCAUUCUAAUCGGCUGAUAAAUCUAAAGCUAGAAUGAAUAAAAAGGACUUGGAAGAGAGAAAUCAGUAAAUAAUAAAAUCUCUGUUUAAUAACCAAAAUGUAUUUACUACUUAGAUUGUUAGCAAAUCUAAUUAAAGAUCAAGGUCUCAGAUGGGAUUUAGUAAUUUAAAAAGAAGUGGUAUACAUGCUACACAUGACGUAUUCGAUGAUAAAAACUAAUUUUUUUCAGGAGUAAGAGUUGGUGAUUAAAAGCCAUUUGAUAUUGUUUCAAUUAAAAAAUUAGAAUCCAAGUUGAAGAGGUAAACAUUCACCAAGGAUUCAUUCUAACAACAAUAAAUUGACUCAAUAGGAAGUAUUAAGAGUCAAAGCUUUUGUAAUUGCUCUAUAAGUAAAUCCAAACUAAAUAUCAACAAUGUUAGUAAUAACAAUAUAAGCGGAAGUGUGAAUGGUUAGAAUUAUUGCUGUUCCACAGCUCUUCAAAGAUCUGUUGAGUUCAUCUACUCAUAAGAGUUAAGACGUCUCUAAGACAUGAAUGUUAUCAUGAGAAUUCUAAAUAAGUACUAAUAAUAGUAUCACCUAACUGAUUUUUUCAACAAAAAUCUGAAUACUACAAUAUAAAAGGAGAUAAUUUAGGAACUUUCUUAAUAGUUCAUGGUUAACUAAAGAUAGUAUGAAAAUCUAUACGUAAUAAAUUCUAAUUGGUGGAGAGAUUGGUGCAAGUACACUAACUACAAUGAUAAUAUAUUCUUAAAUGACUCUCAGAAGGUUUAUUAAACUGGGGUUGUUCCAAAAUCUAAGAUACCAAUUAAGAACUUUAAUGAUUUAGUCAAGGGGAAGAGACCUGAAUCUAUCAAGAAUAUGUAAAUUAAAAAGAUAUAAAGUAAUAUAAAUUUUAGUGAUUUACUGACUUAAAACUUUCAAGACAUUCUUGAUGAUGGAUUUAUCAUAGUGAGUAUCGAUAUUUGGACAUUUUUGAAAACUUGGUAUGAAGCUGAUUACAAAAUUAAGGUGAGACUACAGCCAGGGAUCUAAUACUAUUAUGCGAAUCAAAGUCAUAUGUCCCGAGGCUAAAGUUAAAAUGAGCUAAGAUAAACUAAUAACGAUAUUCUGUUAAGUGAUGAGAGUAGAUCAAAUUUAAAUUUCUAAGCAAAAUCAGAGUAGACUCUGUUCAAAGUCAAUCAAGACGAUGUUUUAUCAACUCCAAAUCAUUAAAAAGACAAUAAUAGAGCUUAAUUAUAAAGAGCUUCUACUGUUAAGGAAAGAAAUUUACUAGAGGAUAGAAUGAGAUUGAAGAUGAACAGCUAGUCAAAUAAUCCCUACCUUAAGACAGAUAAAUACUCAGCCAAAAAAUUAUGA